CCGCCCACGAGGAAGUGGCUGCUGCGCUACGCGGGUCUCAGAGCCGGUUCGGCGCGUCGACUGUCCAGAGUCCGCGGCCGGGGCGCCCCGAGACAGGGCACAGCUGACGCGCAUUCUGUCCCCUCCCCUGGGUCCAGGAGACAAGUGACUAUGGCCUACCACAGCUUCCUGGUGGAGCCCAUUAGCUGCCAUGCCUGGAACAAGGACCGUACACAGAUCGCCAUCUGCCCCAACAACCAUGAGGUACACAUCUAUGAGAAGAGUGGUGCCAAGUGGAACAAGGUUCACGAGCUUAAGGAGCACAACGGGCAGGUGACAGGUAUCGACUGGGCUCCUGAGAGUAACCGCAUUGUGACCUGCGGCACAGACCGCAAUGCCUAUGUGUGGACACUGAAGGGCCGCACAUGGAAACCCACACUGGUCAUCCUGCGGAUCAACCGAGCUGCCCGCUGUGUGCGCUGGGCCCCCAAUGAGAACAAGUUCGCGGUGGGCAGUGGCUCCCGUGUCAUCUCCAUCUGUUACUUUGAGCAGGAGAAUGACUGGUGGGUGUGCAAGCACAUCAAAAAACCCAUCCGCUCCACCGUCCUCAGCCUUGACUGGCACCCCAACAACGUGCUCCUGGCUGCUGGCUCCUGUGACUUCAAGUGCAGGAUCUUCUCUGCCUAUAUCAAGGAGGUAGAGGAGCGGCCAGCCCCGACACCAUGGGGCUCUAAGAUGCCCUUUGGGGAGCUGAUGUUUGAGUCGAGCAGCAGUUGUGGCUGGGUGCAUGGCGUCUGCUUCUCGGCCAAUGGGAGCCGUGUGGCUUGGGUCAGCCAUGACAGCACUGUGUGUCUGGCAGAUGCUGACAAGAAGAUGGCUGUUGCGACCCUGGCCUCGGAAACCCUGCCACUCCUGGCCAUCACCUUCAUCACAGAAAAUAGUCUAGUGGCAGCGGGCCACGACUGCUUUCCUGUGCUGUUUACCUAUGACAGUGCUGCGGGGACAUUGAGCUUUGGUGGUCGGCUGGACGUGCCCAAGCAGAGCUCCCAGCGUGGCCUGACAGCCCGCGAACGCUUCCAAAACCUGGACAAGAAGGCCAGCUCUGAGGGUGGUGCAGCCACGGGCGCUGGCCUAGACUCACUGCACAAGAACAGUGUCAGUCAAAUCUCGGUGCUCAGUGGAGGCAAGGCCAAGUGCUCGCAGUUCUGCACCACAGGCAUGGAUGGUGGCAUGAGCAUCUGGGAUGUGAAGAGCUUGGAGUCAGCCUUGAAGGACCUGAAGAUCAAAUGAGCGGUGGAGUGCCACCCUCAUCCCAGCUGCUGGGAAAGAAGGAAAGGGGCUGGGGAGGCUAAGUGUUGCUUUGCUGAAUGCUUCUAGGGUGCCAGUACUUAAGAAGGGAGAAGACAGGUAGGAACUUUCCUACCUAUUUAAGGAAUAUGUUAAAGAAAUGCUUUUACUUACUGCUUAAAAAACAAAGAAAAGAAAAAGCCCCUAAGCACAAUGCUGGUCAUGAAUCGCUUCAGAAUAUGGGGUAAUAAACACACCAACUGGACAGGCCUGUCUGUGUCUCAAAGAAGCUGUAUGAGUGUGGACUGCUGGAAAAAAUACUGACCUUCUCUCCUGACUGUGCUUCAAGUCAGAUUCUAACAAAUGUACACAUUGCUCCGGAUCAUAAUGGAAAUCUUUUAUAAUGUGGGCAGCUGAUUUUUGGCAAAUGCUCAUUGGUUUUUAUACAGUCUCCUAUUUCUAUUUUAGCCUGAGACCUUUUGUCACAUGCUUUGGGUUACCAGCAUCUGAGCUGGCAAAUUCCAUCAAGGAUUUCCUAAUGGGGAAAAACCAUCAUUCUGUAAGACAUUACCCCACGCCAUACAAGCUCUUGAUUCAACUCAGGUCUCAGGAGUUUGCAUGACAGUCAGAUUCUAUGCUGA